AUGCAUAAACCAAAUUUACUUGUACUUAUUUUAAUUGGAAUUGCAUGGGUAAUGCUCAUUAUCUCAUUUAGUAGUUAUUGGUAUUACGCUGGAUCAAAAUCUUCAUCUGAUAACUAUUCUUUUUCUUAUUUCAAGCAUGAUGGAGUUAGAACAGAAUGGAAAUUUGGUGAUAAUAGUGGUUCAUCAUUUAGUUCUUAUUCAAGUGCCCAAAAGGAUGCUGCUAAAAAUGAACUCUCUCUUUAUAGAGCAUCACUCAGUUUUACUGUUAUCGCUUGGAUUGUUUUAUCGGCCACUAUCCUUUUCGUAGUACUUUCAUUGUUUGGUAUCCUCUCCAAGAUUCCAUUGCUUCCAACCAUCACUAAAUUAUUGCCAAUUGCAGGUUUUGUUUUGUGUUGUUUGGCUCUUUUCAUCUUUGUCGGUCUUCCUGAUGCUAGAAAGAGAGAUUGUAAGAGAAAUGGAAGUGAUUCUUUCUGUGACAGUCAAGCCGAUGAUCACAAAUUUGACUUUGUCUAUCACAAUGAUAACUAUAGACAAUCUCCAUGGUUGUCGUGGGCCACUAUUGUUGUUGCCUCUGCUUUUUGUCUUGGUGGUGCUAUAGUUGGUGUCAUUUCGGGAAGUUAUUAA